UUUCCUCUCACUAGAAAUUAAGAAUUUACUGAGAAAAAAGGAUAUAGAGAGAGAGAAAUGGAAGGAAAAGGAAAUGGAAUUGCCAAUUUUGUUGAGGGAGCACAGCCUUACAUCGCCAUGAUCUCUCUCCAAUUUGGCUAUGCCGGAAUGAACAUCAUCACCAAGGUCGCUCUCAACCGUGGUAUGAGUCACUACGUCCUCGUCACCUAUCGGCAGACGUUUGCCACCGUCGCACUCGCUCCGUUUGCCUUCUUCCUCGAAAGGAAAGUGAGACCCAAGAUUACAUUCCCUCUGUUCAUGCAGAUUUUGCUUCUGGGUCUGUUAGGACCAGUGAUUGAUCAAAACUUCUAUUAUGCUGGUUUAAAGCUCACUUCUCCAACCUUCUCUUGUGCCAUGAGCAAUAUGCUUCCUGCAAUGACAUUCAUCUUGGCUCUUCUUUGUAGAAUGGAGAAGUUGGAGAUGAAGAAAGUGAAGUGCCAAGCCAAGGUGGUGGGAACAAUGGUGACAGUGGGUGGAGCCAUAUUGAUGACUUUAUACAAAGGGAAUGUCAUAAGCUUCUUCUGGUCUCACCAUUAUCUUCACUCUUCUGCUUCCAUGGAAAGCACUUAUCAAGAUUGGGUCAAGGGCUCCAUUCUCCUCCUCUUUGCUAAUCUUGCUUGGGCUUCAUUCUUCAUCUUUCAGGCAAUGACACUAAAGAAGUACACAGCUCAUCUUUCACUCACCACUCUUGUGUGCUUCUUGGGGACUCUUCAAUCCAUGGCUGUCACUUUUGUAAUGGAAAACAACAAAUCUUCUGUUUGGACCAUUGGGUGGGACAUGAAUCUUCUUGCUGCUGUCUAUGCUGGAAUAGUUUCAUCAAGCAUUGCUUACUAUGUCCAAGGGAUGAUUAUGCAGAAGAGAGGGCCUGUGUUUGUCACUGCCUUUACCCCUAUGAUAAUGAUCAUUGUAGCCAUUAUGGGCUCUUUCAUGCUCGCCGAGAAGAUCUAUAUCGGACGUGUUGUUGGAGGUGUUCUAAUGGUGGUGGGGCUGUACUCAGUGCUGUGGGGGAAGUACAGAGAUUACAAAGAUCAGAAGGAAGCAGUUCUAGAAGAGGCCGCCAUUGUUGAGCCAGUGAAGCUCAUUAUUUGUGAAGCAAAAGUUGGGAAGAAAUUGGCAACUGUAGUUGAAGAAGAAGAAGAAGAAGAAGAAGAAAAACCGACAUCAUCAUCAUUAAACGACAUCGAAAUGCAAAGGAACGACACAACAUCCAUUGUCGGAAUUAGUGUUUCAAUAUUGCCAUCUCCUCCUCCACCCAUUAUUGUUAUUGCUAUGCAAAAAGCACCACCAAAAGCUUGAACAUUGAUACAAUUUUUUUUUACCCAAAAAAAAAGAACUUUUGAAAAGAAAGAAAGAGAGAGAGAGAGAAUAAAAGUUGGAAAUGCCUUUGAAGAGUGGGAGAGAAAAGGAAGGAUUUUUUUUUUUCUUUUCUUUUUUUGUUUUAGUUUUAGUUUUAGUUUUUCCUCUCUCUCUUUUAAGAGAAA